GAACAGAGCAAUACUACUACUACUACUACUACUACUACUACUACUAAUAAUAAUAAUAAUAAUACAAUCCAUAUGUUGAACAUUUCACCGUAUAUUUGUACAACUGUCACACUUGUCACUAUAAUGAUAAGUUUAAACAACAUAGGAAGAACAGAUGCCUUAAAAUGUCUUGUUUGUGCGAAUUGUACAAAUAAUGGAAAAUCAGAAAUAAAAGAUAAUUGUAUCUCCUGUCGGAAUAUCACCAGAUUAAGGAACAACGUGCUGAAUACCUUAACACGAGAAUGUCUCUAUGCUACCUGUAAAGAAUCAGUGAAUACAACCUCACCAUGGAGGAAUACAACAAAUUGUUGUAAAAAUAGAGAUCUGUGCAAUGAAUCGUCUCGACUGGUGUUUAAUUCAAAUCAUCAAAUCACCUUAUCUCUUCUGAUUGUAUCAACACUAUUUUGGUUAUCAAUGAAUUAA